GUGGGUCUCGACAGGUGCCCAAACAUUUCGUCAGAUAUUUGCUUCUACAAGCUAAACGAGGUUACAAACAAUUAUACCCUUCUUGCCAAAGCCUUUUUGAAAGACAAACGGAAAGGGUGUUUUCUUUAUGCUUGGUCGUCAGGUGCUUAUAGAAGAUACAUUUGCGUAAACGUCAGCUGUGGUAGCAGACUUCAGCCUCUCCUCUAGCCAGGAAGCCAGCACUGCAGCCCUGCCAUCCGCAGCAUGGAAUAUUACACGCCCCAGCCAAAUCGUCGCCACAACCCCGUGGACAGCAUAUGCCGCAAACUUCAGACCAUUCAGUGGCGCGGUGACCGAGAGCCCAAUUCACCAUUCCAGAUCCCCAAACUCUCUUCCAACAAUUACUACAGCCCGCAGAGUGGCCUGAGGCACAACCUGGAAAGCAUCCUGAAGAAAGGAACCCUCCACAGAGAUGAGGGGGAGAGGGGGAAGGGGAGAGGGAUGAGUCCUGCUGCAGCUUCCCAGAGGACCAACAAGGGUUCCUCCAUCCCUCUGCCCACAUCUUCCACCCCUGCAUGCAAUACCCCCUCGCCAACUAACCUCACAUACACUAUCACUAGCACUCUGAGUGAGAGGAGAGGUGCAGAAGGGAGUGAUUUAAGACGCAUUAAGACAUGGCCAGGGCAUUGUUCCACGCCCACAGGCCAAUCCAAAGAGUCCCGUUACUUCUCAUUCACACCCCAGACGAUUCGGCCCGAGAGCGAGAGGCCAAGCAAGAGCCCCCCCCUGUGUAGUACCAUCACCCCAAACCAAGGCACCCUCUCCUACAACCUCAACUUCUGCUCAGCGGACCGUGCAAACUCCACAGAGUGGGAGCUGCCCUACCCAGCUCUGGUUGUGAAACGGCUGUCCAUGGGAGAUGGAGGAUCUUCAGUAGCCUCUGAAACCAAGGAGAAUAUGGCAGAAAUCAGCUUAAUCUGUGAGGAAAAUCUGCUCGAUACCAUCUUCUAUGCCUGUGACACCCAGCGUCGAGGUAAAGUGUACGUCUCUCACAUCGUGGACUUCCUGCGGCACACCACCAGCCGCAAAUCAGGAGACAGCGGCCUAGAAGACCUUUGCAACAUGCUCGACCCAGAACACAAGGACGUCUCCAUCGACCUGGUCACGUACCAUGCCGUCAUGAAGGAGUGGAUCGAUGACUGCCGCAACAACGGGGAAGACACACCAGAUGAAGUCUCUCAGGAGGACUCGGUCAAAUUCCGAGACAGCCUGUCAGCAAAGAGGUCCAUGUUGUUCAAUAUUACUUCGGGAAGCUUGGAGGCCUUUGGAGGGGAGGCGUCCAGAGCAGAAUUUGAGACGUCAGAGCUGGUGUGUUGUGUCGCUGACCUCCAGAUGAGCAACCAAAAGCUCGAGGAGGAGAUGAGGAAGAUGAAGCUGGUGGUGGAGAGCAUGGAGGACAGCAACCAGAAGCUGGCAGAGGAGAACGAGCAGCUACACAAUCAGGCCACGGUUAACCAGCAGCUGGCCCAGAAGGAGAAGAUGCUGAAUGAGGAGGUGGAGGAGAUGAAGGCCACUCUGAACUGUAGGGAGGAGGGCAGGGCGCGCGCCUCCGCUCACAGCAAACGCGUGGACAGAGAGAACCAGAGUCUCAUUGCCAGUAUUGCAUCUCUUCAGGAAGAGAACUUCAGGGUCACCGUGGAGACAGAAGAGCUUCAGAGGAGGAUAGCCGAGCUGCGUAACAUUAACGCUGACCUUCAGGUGCAAAUUCACUCUUUUGAUGCGGUUGUUGGUGAAAAGGAAGCUGUGAUAAUAGAGAAGAGCAGACUGAUAGAUGAGCUGAAGUCCGCAGUGGAGGAAUACUCAUCCAUCACAGAGCUGCUGAGGUCACACAAGAGCAAGCUGGAGAGCCAGAUGCAGAUGAUGCAGCCAGACAUGUCUGGGGCUGGUCUGUCCCUGUCGGUGGCCUUCAGGUUGAACCAGAGCAGCUCAGGAUCCCUGCAGACAGAACUGGCUCUGGCUCAGUCACCACUGGAGGCCCACCAUGGAGUUGACCUUUUAUCCACCACUAUGAGCUGUGUCUCCCCUCUGGAUAUGACGCUGGACAGGGAGGUGCUGCUGAUGCUGCAGGGACCCAACCCGGAACAAAUGGCUCGGGAGUUCAAGAACCUCCUAAAUAAACUGAAAAGGAAUUUCAGAGAAGAAACCAACUCCAUCUUAUCUACAACUAGAGGCUUGUUGGACAACUGCGCACAGCCAGCAGGCGACCAGGACGCGGUUCUCCAGGCCCCAUCCAAGCAGUGUUCGGAGCGGAGCUGCACCAGUACCAGUCAGUCUUAUGUUGGUUGUACGUCGUGCCAUUUUGUGUCAGUUAGUGGUGAAAACUUUUUAGAAGCGUUAAAGACCCUUGGCUGUUCAGGCCGUGCAGCUGACCCCGGACUUUUGUUCCCGCAGAAGGUGCAGGCCGAGCUGGACGCGAAGAGGGAGGACUGGGCCCUCAGCCUAGACCAGCUGGCCCAGUACACAGACUCUCUGGAGAAGGAGCUGAUCAAAAUGGCCAGUAACAUGAGGAGGUCCCGCACUGAGAUCCUGCACCUUUCAGUCAGGGUGCAGGAGCAGGAGAACCAGAAGCAGCAGCUUUGUGAGGAGCUGGAGCAGAUAAAGACACCUCAGGACAGCAGAGAGGCCUCGUGCCAGACACCUGCACCAGAGGAAGAGCCUGGAGAUGACUUGGACUGGGAUGAGGAGUUCGCCCUUCAAGAUUUCCUGAAGAACGAGUUGGCGGAGAGGAACUGCAAAGAGCAGGGAGGCCGAACAGAGAGAAGCGAGGAGGAGGACGGGGAGGAGAGGUGGACGGUGGUGGACACAGCUGGAGAGGGGGAAGUGAGGGACACCUCCACUCCGGUGUCUGCCCUCUCUGGGAGGACGCUGCCUCGAAACGGAGCAGCAGAAGAGAGUCAUGACUCUGCAGCCUGUACUGAGUCAGAGCAAGACUUGGAUGUCCAGUCUAUGCAGGUAAAUUCUUCCGCUUUGUUUAGCACCCAGCCUACCAGUGAGGAGCACAGGGAAGAAGAAGAGAAAGAAGGCGAGGCGGACCCGAGCACAGGAGACAUGAGUCGUACUAAGAGCCCGAGCCAGGACCAGUCUGCAGACAGAUCAGCAGCCGAGGACAGCACGUGUCUGCUACCCGUGUUGGUUGAAGAGGAGGAGAGUGUGCAGGACGGUACAGCAGAGGUGGUGCCAACAGUAUCCGCCAGCAUGGAAGAGACUGACCGGUUCACCAGCAGCUCUCCUCAGUCGGGAUCGUCCGUCACACACGCCAGCCAAUCGGGGAGUGGCGUUGGCAGCGUGACCUCUGACCCCUGCAAAUCUGAGGAUAGUGCAGCCAAAAAAGACUCCCUCCCCCUCGGUGGCAAAAAAAAGAGGGAACUGGAGCGGGAAAGCAGCAUGGAGGUCAUCGAGGAGCGCAAGGUUCAGGAGGACCUGAGUAAGAGCAGCGUGGCCACGGACAAAGGAUCUGAUAUGUCGGGAAGCAGUGGUACCGCCAUGGCGGACAAGAACAGCAGCCUGUCGCCUAAUGACAAGGAGAUUGAGGCGGACUUCCAGCGCCUGGCGUUGGGUUUCAAGUGCGACAUGUUUACCCUGGAGAAGAGACUCCGGCUGGAGGAGAGGUCACGUGACCUGGCUGAGGAGAACGUCCGCAAAGAGAUCUCCAGCUGCCAGGGCCUACUGCAGGCUCUGACUCCUCUGUGUGAGGACGACAACCAGUCCAUAGAGAUCAUCCAGCGGCUCCAGAAGAACCUGGAAAUCCUCAUCCAGUCCAUGAGCAGGGUGUCCAGUCGCUCUGAGAUGCUAGGAGCUAUUCACCAGGAGAGUCGUAUCGGUAAGGCUGUGGAGGUGAUGAUCCAACACGUGGAGAAUCUGAGGAGGAUGUACACCAAGGAGCACGCCGAGCUGCUGGAGCUGAGAGAGGCGCUCAUGCAGAACGAGAGGUCGUUUGGUUCACAAACGGAAAGGGGUAAAGAUGAUUUCCGUGGCAAGAAGCAGCCGACACAGUACUACAAGUCAUCAACCCGGCGGGUCAGCAUAGCAGCCAUCCCUCGCUCUGGUGGAGGCAACAUGCAGUUUGACAUGUCCAAAACACAAGACUGCUCAGAGACUGAGACGGAGCGACUGACCAGACGAUCCCCAUGGAAUGUGGGCGGGAAGAGCUCAGCGCGUCCCCCACUAAAGCGCUUUGUUAGCUCUGCGGCCUGGGUUGAAACUGAAGAACCUUCUCUCUUGAUGAAGGGGACGGCCUACGACAACACCGACUGCCAGGUGGAGGAAGAGCAGAAGGAGGAGCCGGUGGCAGAGAGGAGGAGGUCCAGCCUCAGUGAGCUGGGGAGCAAACUCACCUCCCUCAUUCUGCCCCACAAGACGUUAGUCCAACCAAAUACCCACCACUGGCCUACUGCAGCACCUCUUUCUGCCAGCAAAGCUAAGAGGCUUGCUGCAAAGUUGGGAGAGAUCAUCAUUUAUUAUGAUCUGCGUUUCAUGCAAGGAUCUCAAGCUCUGAUUUGCAUCUUACUAAGAACUAACUCAUCUUUACCCGGCUUAUUUUGUCUUUCUCUAACAUUUUAUGUGAAACACUACUUUAUUUUUCUGGUGCAAAUGAGUGUUUUGUGCAAGCGGAUGAUGUGCUGUUCUGAACUGUCCUUUCCUCUUUUCCUCCUCUCCACAUUGCUCAGGAGUCAGGAUGAGCUGUUUGUGAUGCUUCCGACCCCCUCCCCUAGCCCCACUUCCACAGACCCAGGAAUGGCCCAGUCUCUGUCCCACAGCGUCACCUCUUCCCGGUCGGCCGCAGCAGCCGCAGUAGCCAGGAGUGGCCGGGGGCUCUGGCUCUGGUUGGCCAUGGUGGUGGUGCUAGCAGGUCUCCUGGCGCUGCUGGCCAGCCUGGUGAUGCAGCCAGCGGUUGAUGCCGCCCCUGUGGGGACCGGGGACUCCUGGAUGACCAUCCAGCAGCUACUGUGGCCCUACACGGGGCUCCGGCAUAACGGACAGCCCCCCGUCUAACCCUUGAGACUCGGGAUGGAUGUUGUUACGCCCUUCAACCUCUGCAGAAAUGAUCCAGGCACUUGGUUGGCGAUGUAGUGCAGUGUACCUAAACCCAGAGGCUGUUGGUAUGUUUACUGGUGCCUGAAGACUCCCAACACAAGACUCUCAUUAACAGGCCAGGCCCCAGGGGAUACUUAACCCUAUGGAGGAUUUAUGCAUCAUGUCACGUUUGCUCAGUUAGUUAGUCUGUGUGUGUGUGCAUUUGUCUGUGUUUGAAGAGAAGAAGCAGUUACAGGUGGGGAAAACCAAAUCUCCUGUUAGAGUUGGCUGCUCAACAAUCCUGAACACAUCAUGAUGCAGUUCUCCUAUCUUCCCAGACCCAAUACAAUCUGUCAAAUCAGGCUUGACCAGUCAUCUGAGCUACAACGAACGCCAAUCAUGUCACACAGUCAUACAAUGGGCCGCUGUGCCGUUUCCAUUGAUGCACAUCAUGGACUAUGGCUCUUAUUGUGCCACAAGGCUUUUUAAACAGUGCAUGCACUUAAGGAAAAAGGGCGACUCUCCGCCUUUUUGAUGAAAUGAUGAGGACAUUUUAUAACUUUAAGUCAAUAAGCACUGGUCAUUAAACUUUAGUUUAAGUGUUUUUAAAUGUUUGAAGUCUAUAUGUAUGAGUGUCUUAGUUUUGAGUGGGGAUAUUUGAAUAUAUAUUUUUGUUAUUAAGUUAUAAUUAUACAUUGUUACAGUCUUUACACCAAAGGUUUUUAAUUUCAUCUUCCUCUUGCUGUGGUUGUCACCGUUUUCAAGUUAAUUUUCUUUUGUAUGUUCCAAAGAAGAUGCGUGAAACUUUGCACACAAAUAAAGUAGCAAAUUCUA